UGGCCGGCAUAACUGAAGUUCUUUUUGGUGUGUGUGUGUGUAAGUCUUAGAUCUUAAUCUCGAUGACGACAUGGCUGGUAUAAAACCCCACAGAUUGGGGUACACCAUCUUGUUGGUUGUUAACACCACAACAGGUGAUCAGCAAGACAAGACAACAGAAGCCAACCACAAGACAGAGAAAAAGCGACCAACAGAUACUUUCUCAGAAAUGGCAGAAAGCUGGGGAAGUGCUGCUUAUGCAGCCAGGCGACAAAACCAAGAUACAACGAGAGAAUCUUCCUUUACCUUCACCAACAGCAAUAACACCAAAGAUCCCUUUGAGGGCCCCAACUACCACAUUGCUCCAAGAUGGGUGUACAAUGUUUCAACACUUUGGAUGAUCAUUGUGGUCAUCCUCUCAGUCUUCACCAAUGGCCUGGUACUGGUGGCCACUGCAAAAUUCAAGAAGCUCCAACACCCUCUGAACUGGAUCUUGGUCAACCUUGCUAUUGCUGACAUUGGAGAAACACUUUUGGCAAGCACCAUCAGCGUUUGCAACCAGUUUUUUGGCUACUUCAUUCUGGGACAUCCAAUGUGUGUCUUUGAGGGAUACACUGUCUCCACUUGCGGAAUUGCUGCUCUGUGGUCCCUGGCUGUCAUCUCUUGGGAGAGAUGGGUGGUGGUGUGCAAGCCCUUUGGAAGUGUCAAGUUUGAUGCCAAAUGGGCCAUGGGAGGCAUUAUCUUCUCCUGGGUCUGGGCUGCUUUCUGGUGUGCCCCCCCCAUCUUUGGCUGGAGCAGGUACUGGCCUCACGGCCUGAAGACUUCCUGCGGACCUGAUGUGUUCGGAGGCAAUGAGGAUCCUGGAGUCAAGUCCUACAUGAUUACUCUCAUGAUUACAUGCUGCUUCUUCCCCCUGUUCGUGAUCAUCUUCUGCUACAUUUUCGUGUGGCUAGCCAUUCGUGCUGUUGCUGCACAGCAGAAAGACUCUGAGUCAACACAGAAGGCCGAGAAAGAAGUGUCCAGGAUGGUUGUUGUCAUGAUUAUAGCUUACUGUGUAUGCUGGGGACCUUAUACCUGCUUUGCCUGCUUUGCUGCGGCUAACCCUGGGUAUGCUUUCCACCCUCUGGCAGCCGCAAUUCCUGCCUACUUUGCCAAGAGCGCCACCAUCUACAAUCCAGUUAUAUAUGUCUUCAUGAACAAACAGUUCCGUACUUGCAUCAUGCAGCUCUUUGGAAAGGCAGAAGAUGAUGGCACUGAAGUGUCUACAUCAAAAACAGAGGUUUCCUCUGUGGCACCUGCAUAAACCCCAGACAACAUUGUACCUCUUGGAAACAAAUCGUGAACGUUCUGAGGAGAUUUUCCAAAUGGGACUUUUCAAAUGUACAGUACAUCCUCUUGUUUUUCUUAAACAAACAUUCUCCCACAACUUUUCAGGAGAUUAUUAAGCUUUACCUCAUACAGGUGCAAUGUGUGUAAAAACGUUACCCACAAAACUAAAUUGCUAUGAACCACCCCUUGGAGCUUUUUUAAUCCAUGGUCUUCGAUUAAACAGGCAGAGAGUUGUGUGGUAAUUGAUAUGCAUAUUAUAGCUAUUUGAGUGGUACAUUAUGGGAAUAUGUAUAUACUACUACUAUCAAUGUCUGUCCAAGUGGCAAGAAAAAGUUGGCGUCUUGUAAUGCAUUCCCUUCACUCUGCAGUGGCUAAACUAGACAGCUUCACAGCUAAGGAAAACUGAAAUUAACUGCCAAUGGAAAUCUGAUCAUCUCAAAAUGAUGUGAACAAAUGUAUGGUUUGAAAACCCCUUACUUUUAAAGUAACUUAUGAGGUAAACAUUUUGUAUCCCUCUUGCAAAUAAAAAAACAAAAAAAUAAUAAUACUAGUAUAUAGAUAAUUGUGUAUACAAUGUAUUUAACAAUGUUUUUCUGAUUAAAAUACAUUUCAUGCAUGCAGCAAAAUGAAAAUA